AUGUCCAUGGUUGAAAAAAAUUUGAAAGUUGAAAAGGAAGCUACCAUUUUUUUCAAAACCAACUCUACAUCUGACGAGAUAGCAGCAACAGGAGAGCGAGUUAUAAUCGCUCUAUACGGAAACAACCCAAACACCCACAACCUUGACAAGCUGCAGUACCAAAUAUUCGCCAGGGCUGCGGCGAAAACCAGCUUCAAUCUGGUCACGUUACCUCCUACACAAGACUCUGCUCGAUUUUAUUCCUUGCGGACAUACCAUCAGGCGUGGUUGGGAGUCACACUGUACCCUCUCUCCGGGGGAUGGAUAUCCACGUCACAAGGCCUCAACCCCAAAAUGAUGGCCAGAGACGCAGCCCCACAUCUCUUGUGCAUGAUUUCUUGCGGGUGCAAGAAGGGUUGUGGGAACGCCUGCAGCUGCAAGUACUGCAGCGGAGCUUCCUGUGACUACGUACCUGAUGUUGCAGUAGUCGAUAGCCCAGAAGGCGACUAUCUAUCCGAUGUGGGCACAAGACAUUGA